UCCUCGGACGCAUCCUGUCGAUCUAUGUACGAAUGGUGCACAGUCAAGUGAGUCACAGAGUCAGAUUGUCGCCACUAGUGCUUAUUCUGCCAAGCCCGGUAUUGCCAUUGCGUCUGGGAGUUGAUGAUGGGAAUAUGUCCUUAUGCUUGACUAGCCAUCGCUCUUGUACGUUACCGAGCGUAUAAGGAAAUCCCUCCCAGGUAUCUGUUUCUCGCGUUGUGUACCCCCCGUUCAAAGCAUCGACACCAUGGCGAUUAUCGCAGUCGCAGGGGGAACUGGUAGUGUCGGCCAGACCAUCGUGGAAGCCCUCGUGGCGCAUGGCAAGCACACGAUUCUCAUCCUCACGCGCAAGCCGCACCACCCAGUCGACGAGCUCGCCUACCUGUCGGUAGACUACGGCAACGUUGGCGCUACAGCAAAGUCUCUCGAGGCUGCAGAGGUCCACACUGUCAUCUGUGCGUUCGGCAUGGAAUCGGAUGCCAUCAGUGAGGCCCAAGUCAAUCUUAUCCAUGCCGCAGACAUGUCGGGGUCGACGAAGCGCUUCGUAGUGAGUGGGUACGAUAUGUUAUUUAAGGAUGAGCAUAUCCCUUUGGUGCCUACCGCAAAGUGGGCUUUGGCGGCGACUCACGCGGUCGAGGAAUCGAGUCUCGAAUAUACGCGCGUGGUCAAUGGGCUAUUCCUGGAUUAUUAUGGCCUUCCGCACCGGAGAAGCCAUCUCAAACCAUGGGUCAAUGCAGUCAACGUGGCAGGGAAAUGGGCAGUUCUUCCGGGCGAUGGGACCUCUAAGGUCAACUUCAUCACUUCCCAAGACAUGGCACGGUUUGUCGCAGGACUCAUGGACUUAUCGGAGUGGCCGCCGGUGAGUUUCAUUGCUGGCCAGACUGCAUCUUUCAAGGAUAUUCUUCAAUUGGCGGAAAAUGCGCGAGGUGAACGCUUUUCUGUCAAACAUGACAGUCUCGAAGACCUUCGAAAUGGCCGAAUAUCCUUCCCCAAAUUCGAGGAGACUGGGCUUGAAAGUAGUGGACACUCAACGGAGUCCAUUUUCGCAUUAUUCCACUACAUAUCUGGCACCGGGGGAUAUACUAUUACCAGCAAUGAUACUUUGGACACUCGAUUUCCUGACAUCCAGAUUAUGACCGCGGCGGAAGUCAUCGAAUCUUCCUGGAGAAACCGGUGAUGAGCUUGAAAUAUAGUCUCUAACAGGUUCUACACUCUCUCCCUUACCUUUAUGACUUGUUGGUGACAACUGGGAAAUAAUCCAUCAUCAUGUGUAUCGAAUGAACCUUGAGUACGACUACUCAAAAUAAGUAUAUCUAUAAAUGCGUUUAUCACCGUGUGAUGACCUACUCGUAGUAUCUCAGUUUCCACCCCCACAAGCGACGGUGAAGUAGGGCAACAGUUUAUUGCUCCUGAAAUUCAGCGUGAGACUCAGAGUAGCCUCUCUG